AACGCUCUGCGUGCUCCAGGUCGGAGCAUCAUCACGAAGAAGGGCGAUGGCUCUCAGGUGAAGGAGUCGACCGACAGCAGCACAACGAUCGAGGACGAUGACGUGAAAGAGGAUAAGAAGGGCGGCGUCGACCGGAGCAGCACGGUCAUUGCCAAAGAACCCGAAGCUGGCAGCGCAGGAAGCGGUAGCAGCAGCGGUAGCAGCAGCAACAGCCAGAACAGCCAGACUGGCGCGUCACCGUCAUCGCCAGCGGCCGUCUACAUCGGCAACAACCACGCGGCGUCGCCCAUGGUACCGUCGCGACGCUACGACUCCUCGAACAACGAGCUGGAGAUUCGACGCGUGGGCGGUUCCGGAUACAUGCCACUUGGUCAAGCCGAGUGCUGCGACCUCGAAGAUGGUAAGAAGAGCACCAACGCCGAAAUAAGAAUCGUGUGUCCUAUCAAGACCUGCAGCCAGCUUUCGACGAACUCCCAGUGUUCAGCACGCCGUCAGGAGAUCAUCAAGAUGACCGAACAACUUAUCGAGAGCAUCAACACCGGGGAUUUCGAGGCGUACACGAAAAUCUGUGAUCCACAUCUGACUACGUUCGAGCCAGAGGCUCUAGGUAAUUUAGUCGAGGGAAUGGAUUUCCACAAAUUUUACUUUGAUAAUGCAGUCCUGGGGAAGAAUUGCAAAGCCGUGAACACGACGAUCCUGAACCCCCACGUGCACUUGCUCGGCGAGGACGCCGCGUGCAUCGCGUACGUCAGACUGACGCAGUACAUGGACAAGCAAGGCGUAGCGCACACCCACCAGAGCGAGGAGAGCCGCGUGUGGCACAAGAGGGACAACAAAUGGCAGAACGUGCAUUUCCAUCGAAGCGCGGUCACUGGUCCGUCGCCGUUCACCUACAAUCACAAGUAAAUCGGCGCGACGCGGGGGUGGGAAAAAAGAAAGGGUUAAACGGGGGAGGGGGGGGGGAA